UUGGGAGGACUGAUCAGUAGGUGUGGAAGGGAAGGAGUUGGAGUUUUCCGAACCAGGGGCGUGAUUUCUGUAGCUUCUCAGCGCGCCCAGACGGUUUAGGAGAGAGCGCUGGGUGCUGUUAUGCAAGUUUUUGGACGCCAACUGUGAAGUCUGAAAACCUGAGAUCUCUGCCAACUGCGUGGAAGAACAAGGAGGAAAGUGUAGUUUAGUUGAAAAGGCUGAUUCUCUCCAAGUAUCGUCUCCUUAUUCUCUUCCAGAGUUAGUUUUGUUAAAAUUAGAGGACUCGUGUAAACUUGUGUUUCUUUUUUUCUUUUCUUUUUUUUUUUUUAAAUAGUUACCCUGUUUAAAAGCAAUAAAAGUGCAGUCCAUCUUUAAUCCUUAGAUUUGGGCCUGGCGGAAUCGCAAUGGAAAUUCUAAGUUCUUCAAACAAUUCUGGUCAACUAUCCUAACGCCCUCAUAAGAGGGAUAGAAAGUUUGGUCAGUAGUUUAAGAAACUGUGUUCUUAAAUCGUUGUGCUAAUCAGAAUCUUUAUUUGUGAAUUGUAGGAUUGUUGGCCACCAAAAGCGUGUUCUUCGUGUUAAUAAACUUUAGUUUAAUCGAAAGGUAGAAUUAGAGAGUUUUAGAGUGGUGUUUAAUCUCCGAUCAUGGAAUGUCUCAUUUAGUAGUUUUUAUUACAAUUGAAGAAAGAGAUAAGAGCUUUAACCUAAAGCAGGAAGACUUUCAAUUAGUUGUGGCUAAUUCUGUUCAACUGCCUCUAGUGGAGGUCAUGCUGCCUUAUUCAUGAAAUGUGAAUGGCUCUAUUGACAACAUAUGGGACUGAACGUUUGAAUGAUUGGAGGUGAACACCUAUGAGUAAUAGAGGGAUGAGAAGAAGAAAAUGAAUCUAGUGCUUCCUGGGGUGUGUUUAGAAAUGCUGGAUCAUUCAGCAAAUCUACCUAUAUUCAGUAGUUUCUCAGUAUCAGGUGGCAUACUGGAUCCUGCCAGCAUGCAGUAUGCUUUUUUUGUGAAUUUGGAUGUUUUUAAAAAAUAACUGUAUUGCUCUUGAUUGGAAGUUGAGUUAAACCAAAAGGGGUUUGAUACCUAUUUCAACAUUGUCUUAAAAGUAGCUGGCCUAAUUAGGAUUUUGUUUUGCAGAUAAUUUGGUGGCACACUAAAAACAAAUUACAGUUUAUUUGGUUAGCACAAUCUUUAAUUACAUUUCCGCUAGCAGUAAAUUGUCUUGAUACAAGGCCACAUUCCUUGAAUGUAUGUGAAAAUAAGUUCCACUUGUAUAAAUAAGCUCUAGGUUUGUUGUCAGAAGCCCCACUGUGAUCACUCAUCGGACAGCUCUGUCAGUCUUGUGCUUGUGUGACUUUUAACCAACUUUGUAGUUGUCACCAAGCCAUGUGGCUAAAUUCUUUAUCGUAAGUGUUUUUUCUGUUUGUGCCUAAAGUUCUAGAUGUCUAGUCUCUCCACCUUGGGAAGAAGUGAAACACCUGGAAUUGACCUUUAACUUCUCUAUUCCUUGGUGUCUGGAACGGGAGACAUAAGAAAGCUGCUGCUUAAUUUUGCAUAGUUAGAAAGGCUUUUAAGUCGACUGUUUCCGAGUUCAGAAAUAAGUAGAAAAAUGCAUAUUGUUCUUCGCCGUAUCUCAACUUCCUUUUCCUUAGGUAAUGAAGAUAGUGAAAGUUUGCCUUACGAUUAGUUUACGAGAGCACUGUUCAGAAAAAGCUUGGUAGACCUUUUGUGCUACCAAAGACAAACAGAAGUGUAUCUUUUGUUCUAUUUGUUGAACUUGCAAGUUAAAAAAUCGGUGUCUCUACCUAUGAUACAUGUGUGUAUGUGUCUUUCACUUUAUUCAGUUGUCGUUUAUUGCCAUAGGAAUCCCAUGUGUGAAAAGUUGAAUAGUUUGAGCUGUAAAAUAAUAACAUUGUAGUUAGUUCUCCCUUCAGAGUAACUUCUAGUACUUUAAGGAAAGUGGCUCUUAAAACAGCAACUAUGUGAAGUGUUGCUUACAACUGCCUUUAAAGGCAGACUUGAGUUUACGUUUAGAGUUAUGGCUUGUGCUUCCCAAGAGGUCUGAAUCUAGUGGUCCUGAGAAUGUGGGACUUCGCCAAAAGAGGGAAAAGUUACUCAGUUGCCAAUGAGAAUUUCAGUAUUAUUAAAAUCUCACUGAAAUUUCAGGAUUCUUUAUCUUAUCACAUAGAAAUGUUUGAGUGAGCUGAGCUCAGGCGAGAGUGCGGAAGGUACACACUGCUGGUGUGGCUCUUUGGUGUCUGCAUGUUAUAAAUCCUCUGUUCAGUCCCCCAACUGGGGCUGGGGUGGGGAAUAGUCCUUAUGGUUUUCACAGCUGCUUUUCUAUAUUUUCCAGACUAAAACUUGAACAUAGCAGGCUGAUUUAUGAGUCACUUUGGAUCCAUGUCUUAAAACAGCUGCAGCCUGCCGUCUUGUUUUUCAGCUUUCCAGAUUUCUGCUGAAUUAGCAGCUCCUCAGGCCCCACUGGGAUUGAUUAAGAAGCUGGGCUGGAUUUGCAUUUUACAAUUGGACUUGGAAGUCAGAUUUCCAAAUGCUAAAAGGAAGAAAAUGAGAGCUGGAACCGAAUGUUGUAAAUGAAUUAUUUUCAUAGAUAUUUGUUCUCUUGCUAAUAUGCAGGAAGAGAGACUGCUGUCUCCCACAUAGAGUUUGAUUUUCAAGUAUUUGGCCAGCUGAGUUCUGGGUAAACAGUUAACACCUCCCUCCGUCACCUCCUUUCCCAUUUAUGAAGCUCACUUCAGAAAACUUUCUCAAAAGGUUUUCUGGGGAAGAUAGUCAGUGUUGGACAUUUAAAAGUGAAGACUCUGCCUUCCUGAUUGACUGUUCUUAUGGGUUUAAGAAAGCAUCGAUAUUGUCCAACUUGAGUUUGUUUUUAAUGGUCUAGCCGUAAAAACAAUAUAAGGAAGAUUUAGGAAAAUGUGACAUCCUUUAACUGGAGAGUAAUCGUUUCUGAAACGUAAACUGUAUUAAAUCUAAAUUUAGGUGCAUUAAAAGUUUCAUGGCUUUAAGUAUUUAGCAGUAAAAGUCACUUAAGGGGUGAUUUUUUUUUUCUCCCACAUAUAAUGUGGUUUUAAUAGUACACAAAACUCAGGAAUGGAAGUGUGUUGCAAUAACUGAAAUAUUUAAGGUUGCCAGCUCCUGCUUCUGCAUCCGAAAUAAGUGGCCCCCAGCACGUGCACUGUUCUCUCAAGGCGGUUUCUCAUUUUAAAGGCCUUUUGUUGGAGCUCUCAUCCCAUUACUGUUUGAAAAAACAGUUAAGCACUCAAAUCUCUUUUCUCACAGGCUUGCCCUGUGAAAUAAUCCUUAAAAUGAAGUGGAGAGUGCCGUCUUAGUUUUUCUAAUUAAAAAGAAAAUCACCUGUAUUAAAUGUAAAUGCCAGAUCGGGUCCCCCUUUCCUUUUAAAACUUGAAACAAUGGGAGAUGCCGUGGCAUGUUGGUUCAGUGUGCUUUAGUUGAAUGGGUCCAAGUGAGCCUUUCUGUUGAUUCAGGCCACCUCCCAGGUGAAGGACUCUUUGCCUCGGUUGUUUUUUAAACCCUGUGGGAAAUCUGUGACUGUCUGUGGUGCAGAAAGCACACAGGUUUUGUUUGAAUCCUAACGUGAGUUGUUGGGCUCACGGCUUCCUUGAUGAACUCCAGAUGGACGUGAGCUGGGCUGUGAGGGAAAGUGUCUGGCUCCAGCGUGGGAUUUAAGUCACAACAGAUUGUCUUCCAUCAAGGCCAGUUCCAUGAGCCACCUUCAGAGCCUUCGAGAAGUGAAACUGAACAACAAUGAAUUGGAGACCAUUCCAAAUCUAGGACCAGUCUCGGCAAAUAUUACACUUCUCUCCUUAGCUGGAAACAGGAUUGUCGAAAUAUUACCUGAACAUCUGAAACAAUUUCAAUCCCUCGAAACUUUGGACCUGAGCAGCAAUAAUAUUUCAGAGCUUAAAACUGCGUUUCCACCUUUACAACUCAAAUAUCUGUAUAUCAACAGCAACCGAGUCACGUCCAUGGAACCUGGGUAUUUUGAUAAUUUGGCCAACACGCUCCUGGUGUUGAAGCUGAACAGGAACCGAAUCGCAGCCAUCCCACCCAAGAUGUUUAGACUGCCCCAGCUGCAGCACCUGGAGCUGAACCGAAACAAGAUUAAAAAUAUAGAUGGACUCACGUUCCAAGGGCUUGGUGCUCUGAAGUCUCUGAAAAUGCAAAGAAAUGGAGUGACAAAGCUGAUGGAUGGUGCUUUUUGGGGGCUGAGCAACAUGGAAAUCUUGCAGCUGGACCAUAACAACCUGACGGAGGUUACCAAGGGCUGGCUUUACGGCCUGCUGAUGCUGCAGGAGCUUCAUCUCAGCCAAAAUGCCAUCAGCAGGAUCAGCCCCGAUGCCUGGGAGUUCUGCCAGAAACUCAGUGAGCUGGACCUAACUUUCAAUCACUUGUCGAGGUUGGAUGAUUCUAGCUUCCUGGGCCUGAGCUUACUAAAUACACUGCACAUCGGAAACAACAAAGUGAGCUACAUCGCUGAUUGUGCCUUCCGGGGCCUUUCCAGUUUAAAGACUUUGGACCUGAAGAACAAUGAAAUCUCCUGGACUAUUGAAGACAUGAACGGUGCUUUCUCUGGGCUCGACAAACUGAGGCGGCUAAUCCUCCAGGGAAACCGGAUUCGAUCUAUUACCAAAAAAGCCUUCACUGGUUUGGAUGCAUUGGAACAUCUAGACCUGAGUGACAAUGCAAUCAUGUCAUUACAAGGCAAUGCAUUUUCACAAAUGAAGAAACUUCAACAAUUGCAUUUAAAUACAUCAAGCCUUUUGUGCGACUGCCAACUAAAAUGGCUCCCACAGUGGGUGGCGGAAAACAACUUUCAGAGCUUUGUGAGUGCCAGUUGUGCCCAUCCUCAGCUGCUGAAGGGAAGGAGUAUUUUUGCCGUUAGCCCAGAUGGCUUUGUGUGUGAUGAUUUUCCUAAACCCCAGAUCACGGUUCAGCCAGAAACACAGUCGGCAAUAAAAGGUUCCAACUUGAGUUUUAUCUGCUCGGCUGCCAGCAGCAGUGACUCCCCGAUGACGUUUGCUUGGAAAAAAGACAAUGAGCUCCUGCAUGAUGCUGAAAUGGAGAACUACGCACACCUCCGGGCCCAAGGCGGCGAGGUGAUGGAGUACACCACCAUUCUGCGGCUACGCAACGUGGAAUUCACCAGUGAAGGGAAAUACCAGUGUGUCAUCUCCAAUCACUUCGGUUCGUCCUACUCUGUCAAAGCCAAGCUUACAGUAAAUAUGCUGCCUUCGUUCACCAAGACCCCCAUGGACCUUACCAUCCGUGCGGGGGCCAUGGCACGCUUGGAGUGCGCUGCCCUGGGACACCCAGCCCCACAGAUAGCCUGGCAGAAGGACGGGGGCACAGACUUCCCUGCGGCUCGCGAGAGACGCAUGCACGUUAUGCCUGAGGAUGACGUGUUCUUCAUCGUGGAUGUGAAGAUAGAGGACAUCGGGGUGUAUAGCUGCACAGCUCAAAAUAGCGCGGGAAGCAUUUCUGCAAAUGCAACCCUGACUGUCCUGGAAACACCUUCGUUUUUGCGGCCCCUCCUAGACCGCACCGUAACCAAGGGAGAAACGGCUGUCCUGCAGUGCAUCGCGGGGGGUAGCCCUCCUCCCAGACUGAACUGGACCAAGGAUGACAGCCCUUUGGUGGUCACUGAAAGGCACUUUUUUGCAGCAGGCAAUCAGCUGCUGAUCAUUGUGGACUCUGAUGUCAGUGAUGCUGGGAAAUACACGUGUGAAAUGUCUAAUACGCUCGGCACCGAGAGAGGCAGCGUGCGCCUCAGUGUGAUCCCCACCCCCACCUGCGACUCCCCUCCGAUGACCGCCUCGGCGUUAGAUGAUGACGGAUGGGCCACUGUGGGCGUGGUGAUCAUAGCGGUGGUUUGCUGUGUGGUGGGCACCUCGCUUGUGUGGGUGGUCAUCAUCUACCACACUAGGCGGAGGAACGAGGAUUGCAGCAUUACCAACACAGAUGAGACCAACUUGCCGGCAGAUAUCCCCAGUUAUUUAUCAUCGCAGGGGACAUUAGCUGACAGACAGGAUGGGUACGUCUCCUCCGAAAGUGGAAGCCACCACCAGUUCGUCACUUCUUCAGGAGGCGGAUUUUUCUUGCCACAACAUGACAGUAAUGGGACAUGCCAUGUUGACAACAGCAGUGAAGCUGAUGUGGAGGUUGCCACGGACCCGUUCCUGUGUCCCUUUCUGGGAUCCUCGGGCCCUGUGUAUUUGAAGGGGAGCGGACACGGCUCAGGUCCUUUUGAAGCCUAUCCUACAGGUUGUGGUGCUGACCUGAGAACAGCUUUAAUGGACCACUAUGAGCCCAGUUACAUAAAGAAAAAGGAGUGCUACCCAUGUCCUCAUCCGUCAGAAGAGUCCUGCGAGCAGGGUGUCGGUGACGCAGGAUGGCCUUUCCACGUGAGGAAGUUCGUCAGCUCCACCUGCUCUCAAGGUGAAGGACCCGGAGUGAGAAACAUGCGUCUGAACAAGUCCUCUGUAGAUUUCAGUCCAGGUCCAGAGCCAGCAUCACUUACUUCGAGUAAUUCUUUCCUGGGAACAUUUGGAAAGCCUCUGGGGAGACCUCACCUGGAUGCCUUUUCAAGUGUUGGUCACCUAUCGGAUUGUCAGCCGAGAGCCUUUCACUUGAAAGCUCGUUCUUCCCUGGACUUGGACUCUGAGUCAGAGAAAGAUGGGAAAGAAAGGACAGAUUUUCAGCAAGAAAAUCACACGUGUACCUAUAAACAGACCUUAGAACACCACAGGACUCCAAAUUUUCAGUCUUACGACUUAGACACAUAGACUGAAUGGGACCAAAGAGAGUUCUAACAUGCUACCUCAAGUGGACUUAUAUUUAAAAGAGAGAAUCCUAUGUUUUUAAAUGGAGUUAUGAAUUUUAAAAGGAGGAAAUGUCUUAUUUAUACAGAUGGACCAAAAUUACAAAAAGUUAUAAAAAAUUUUAUACUGGGAGUAACUUUCAUAUAAGAAUACCUUUUUAAACUAUUUUAUAACUUUGUUUUAUGCAAAAAAAAAUCUUAUGUAAAUUAAUAGUAUAAAUUCAUGACUAUUUUAUGUAUUUUUAUAAUGCCAGAUUUCUUUUUAUUGAAAACGAGUACUAAAGCAUUUUAAAUAAUACCUGUCUUGUACCUUUUUUGAAUAGAGAUCACUUCAUUUUAUUUUGCACAUUACAUUUAAUAAAAUAUGUCAUUUUGACCCCAA